CAUACAUAGUAGUAUGAUAGUACCUAGUACGGACGUACAUGGGCAAGGAAUAGGAAAGUCAAAGGCUGCAACCUAGCCUAGUCCACUACGCCAACGUUCUCAUCACCAUCCGCCCGUCCCCGGUUAUCACCACAAUGAAGGAUCCCUUUUUAGACCGACCAGAUCCCUGCCGGAACCAUAUGACGCAGGAAGAAAAAAAUAAAACAACUAGGCGGGAACCGUCAUACAAGUGAAGCAGACACGCGCAGACACACGCACUUACUUACAUGCAUACACAUGCCAAACCAGACCAUGUCUCUAAGUAGCUAUUGUUUCUCGGCCCUACCGCCCCAAUAUAAUCAUCCGUAUGCCAUCUCACAUAGCAACUCUCCCCACGUUUUUAGUUUGAUUUAUCCUUUUUUUAAAUGAACCCUUUGCCUUCUCACCAGUCCACAUUCUUAGUCACUGAUGAGUAGCCUUAAAGUACAUCUUUGAAGCAGCCGCAUAUUUUAUCUGGCCAUCCUCCCACCUCCAUGAGCUCUCUUGUCACAUAGCCUCUCAACUCUUCGUGACCUUCUCACAACCUACCUCACACUGCUAACUAUCCACCACCACAACCUUUUCACCAUGAUGCCCUCACUCUUAGGGGCAGAUAUGUCUUAUCUGCCGGUCCAAAACUUCCCAUCAGAGCCAACCUUCGAUGAACUAUCACGCCAGUUCGCCAUGUCUGACUCGAUGCGGAGGAUAUCUCGGGGUUCUACUGGGCAACGAACACCAGGAGCUAUGCGCAUUGUAAAGCCAAGCAGUGCUAGUAACAGCCCACAGGCCAUGAUGGCACGCCGAAGGACUAUGAUGAACGAUAACACCAUUGCUCGGCGGCGCCAGCAAGCUUUAGACCAAGCUGUCAUGCAACAAAUGCAAGAGUGUGCAGCUUAUUCCACGCCAGAGGACCCUAUCAAGAGGAGUAACCGCCCAGUCAGCUGGCAUCCGUCUUCACAGAUCGAGCAGCCACACAUGCAUAUUCCUAUGCCACAGCCGGACUUUUCACAAUAUGUCAUGCCCGCACCAAUGCCAUACCACCAAACAGAUAUCUACGCUGGAUACCAGAAUUUACCACCCACCCCCAUGGCAUAUUCAGGACAAACCUCACCCAUGACCUCUAUGUCGCCACUUUGCCUACCAUAUACCGCCUGUCAACAGCAAGCCACACCAGCAUACAUAUCACAGGAAACGUGGAACUCCACCCCCCAGUUUAUGCCUAACUAUAUGGCUAAUGAGAGCCCCGAAACGGAGCCAUUCCCAUCGUUCAGCCAGGAAUCUUACAACUGGGAUAGUUAUGCUACGCAAGGGUACAAUGUUUGCACAGCGCCACCAACUCCGGAUGAAUUCCAAGCUGCUCAACAACCGCAGCUAGCAGUACAACCUGAGGAGUCUAUACCCUAUCAACCACUGGAAGAGCCGGAGGAGGAGGAAGAGGAGGGGGAGAUUUUAGUUGGCAUGGGUUUAUACGAUCCACCGACCAAGACAGACACAGAUCCUGGACUGGACAACUACCGAACCACUACGUCACAAUUAUUGACUUCGACCUACCGAGCAAAGGGGCAAGGAUGGAAACUAGAGGAGGCUUGGGAACCACCGGUUUCGGAUGACGAGGACGGCGAGGCAGAGGAAGACGCCGAAGAGGAGGAUGAGGAGGAAGCAGAAGAGGAAACCAAGAAGGAGAAGAAAGGGACAACGGAGUCAACCACGGCCCAGGAAAACUGGAUAUGAGAAGCCCGGUGAUAUUUUUCCAAGGAUAACUGUUUAUUACGGUUAUCCGAGAGUGAACGGGGAAGGAUAUUUGGAAAGCCCAUGAAGACUACCUGUUAACCUGAGAGAAAGGAAUUGCAUUAGACAUGCAAACCAAACCAUAAGUAAAAAAGAACUUGAUAAAUCAGGACGAAAGGCUUGUCGUGCUACAGAAGCGCGGAGCCUCGAUCCACUCUAAAAAAAAUCAAGAAAAUAACUUCUUCCGAGCCAAAAAAAUUCGUUCCGAAACUGCAAGCCUAAGCUGUGAAUACGUGUGCCGAUCGUGAUGUGUCGUGUUAUUUUUUUUGGUUUAAAUUUUUAUCUCACCUUGACUUGUUCAAAACUCUAGGGAUACGCUAUAGACCCGAUGCCUGUCUGCAUUACAUAUAUACGAUACAUAGAUACUGUACAUACGUGAAGAAGGGGGCUUUGACUCUUGUCUCUUCUUACUAUAAAAA